UUUCCACUUUUUUUUUCUGUGUGCAAGCGUGACAUCGUUUUGCGGCCACGGAAAGUGGCGUGAAGAAGGCAUAAAACAACGCGAAGGUUCGCCUAUCCGUCGUCGUUCUCUGUUGUCCCUUUCACUGCGAACCGACCGCGUGGGAGGCCUGUUCAGGAUCUCGUAGUAAUUUCAACCAGAACUAGCCUACCUUCGUUCGCGGUUCAGUCUUCACCGGAGUGUCUCUCGCGAGCAGUUCUCAUAAAUCAGCCGUGAAAUACGAUGAAAACUUAGUACUAUUUGUAACGAGGACAUGCGUCUUCGAAAGAGCAUUUCUUGUUCGACCAACGAAACGUUCCAGUGAUGUACGAGUGUGUUUGUUAAUAAUCUUAACGAAGUUAAUUGAUCGACAGACUGAAGAAUAAUUAGCGAGAAGACGUAUUAAUUAAAAGAUUGAUCAAGAUAGCUUUUAUCGGCGGGAAUUGGAUCGUUGAUUUCCCAAGAGAUCGAAAAUCCAGAGCGGUUCGCCUAAGAAAUCGGGGAAGAAAAUCGUCUGAGAAAAGCUGAGCCUCGCUGGUACAAUCGUACCAGCGGGAUAAUUGAAUCGCCUCGUAAUCAGUUGCAUAACAUUCGCGGGCAACAGGAAGAUAAAAGAAAAAUAAAAGAAUAAUAGUUGAAGCAACCACGAAGCGUCAGGUUGUUAAACCUAUUUACCGUUUCGCGUUCACGCUCAUUGGAUCCCUGCUGGAUCGUGUGCCUCUUCCUUGGUUUUCGUCUCAUUGUUAGAGACGCGUUGCACAAGCGUGGUCGUGCACCAAGUCACGAAGAAAUCCACGUGAUACGGUGGGACGAAGAUUUCAAUUACACUCGAAGCGGUUAGCAUAAUUGCCGCGCCGAGCGGUCGCUCGUGUCAGAUAGAAAAUCAUCGACAAUUUCGUCCGCGAUAACGCGACGACUAGUCUGCUAGCGGGUACGAUUCGCGAGCUGGAGCGAAGAAAUUUCUUUCGAAAGAACAUUUCGUACUUUGAUGACUCGUUACACCCGGUGCAUUUCGUUCACGGUCAAGUGCCUUUGAUUCCGACGACCAGCAGGAAGUGCAAAGCAAUUUCCGUUGAGGGGAACCAGGUUAAUACUGCGUUACGUAUGGACAUCUGGAAAACUUGAUGGCACCGACGAUGUCCCGUCACGAUACUGUUUCUAUCCAAUUAAAAAUCUUCUACCCUGCUUUUAAUUAACUUCGUUCUGUGACUUUGUUCUCGUUCGAUUGCGUAACAACCGCGAGAAGAACAAUGAUGGAGAACGUGUACGUGAUAAAGGUGAAAACGAAGCCACCAUUAUCCUCUCUGUACCCAUCGGAGCGUCGGUAUUCAGCGUCGACCGUGGGUGGUCUGUCCUUCGUUCAUUUCGGUCUGGGUGCGCUCUCCCUUUUGCUGGGCAGUCUCGCGUUAUCUCUUCAAGGUCCGAUCCUCUCGAUCGCGUGUCUGGUACCGUUCGUGACCGGUCUCCUCGCCUGGAGAAGAUGGUACAUCGAUCGGAACAUCGCGAUUUUCUUUUACGGUAGCCUAUUCUCUCUGAUAGCAGCGAUCCUCUGUUUUAUCGCGACCGUUCUCGAUAUCGCCGCUGCAGCGGAGAGCAGAGGAGCAUCGUGGUCCUUGGAGAAGAUUCUCGAUCAGCCUCGAGAUCCUUCUCACCUGGAGGAAUACCUGAAGACGGAUACUUUGAUGAACGAGACGAUGUCCCUCGACGAAGACACCUUCAACGCUACCCAUGAUCGUUUAUCGGAGAUCAAUCUCUACUCGCCCACAGCUGGGAUCGUGAUCGACAACAUGUCUAAUAUAUCUGGCUACAUUCUGAGAACUUCAAACGAAUCCACGGACGAUCACUUGAAGAAUUCUAGCAAAUCUUCCGCUGAAAGUUCUGAGGAUGAACUGUCCACCGAGGGACCGCAGCAAGAUUCGUACAAUUCCAACGUCGAAACUUUGCAGAUGAUAAAGGAUAGAAUGAUAUCGUUUUGGAAGAAGGAUCAUCAAAACACUCCACACGAUAAGAUUUUACUUACGGUGAAUGUAUUGGUCGCGUCUCUUCUGGAGGCGUUCUGGUCGGUUCUAAGCGCAAGAAUAGCGUUGCGAGGGAUGAGGAAUAGAUUGCCGGAAAGCGGUUACUCGAAUGGAUCCGUCGAGAACAAAGUGGACGGAACAGUGGCGGGAAAGAGGAAACCACCUGCGCCUAGACCGGAUAUUCUGGAUCACGAUCGUAGACUGACCGAAAGUUUGCAACAUUUCAACGCGUUGCAUGGUCUACGAAACUCCGGGCCGAGACUCCCCUUGCCAGAAUCCAGCAGGGAAUUCAGAGAAAGGGUUGAAAGGUUUCUGGUGAAUCAGGCGGCGCACAGGGUCGUCGAGGGAUCCUGUUCUUGAUAGAAACGUGAAACUGAACGAGGCGGAAUAAAUAGUUUUUGACGAUAGGAAAAUUUCUUGUAGUUUCUUCGAUCUCAAUAAGCAAUACUUUAGAAUAGGUAUUUAACCCUUUAAUUGAGAGUACUUUUAGCACAGCCGAUCGCUUUAAUUUUAAAUUACAUUACUGAAGUGAUAUUUUAUUUUAAAAGAUUUUUCUUAUUGUAUUUAUUUUAUUUUUAUUUCAAUGGUAUAUAAGCCACAACCGUUAAUUGAUAUUAGCAAAAAUUAAUAUGUUGUUUAUAUACCACACUCGCCUCUGGCUAUAAUUUUAGUAUGUGGUCUAUAAACCACACCCACAGUUAAAGGGUUAAUAUGGCAGUUUCACCAGCGUCGAAAUUAUGGAUCAUGUUUAUAAAACGCUUAACGAACGCAAUAAAAGAUCCGUGUAAGAAUA